GCGGUCGUUGUCAAACUGAUGGCAUGCUUAAAUAUACAAUUGUAUAUAUAUUUUCUCUAUGGGAUUUUAACAUUAAUUUAACUUGCAAUUAAGUAACUAUGUACAUAUGUAAAUACAAUAGGCAUAUUCUUUAACAGUGAAAUGAACAACAGUAAAUUAAUGCGUCUUGUUUGACGUUGAAUAGGCUAAUAGUAGCUAUUACUGUGUUAUUGCUAUGCACAUUAAAGUAGUGCAAAAAAAAAAAAAAUUCAAAUACAAGUAAAACACCUGUAAAACAAAAUAAAACAAAGAAAUAUUCCUAAAAAUGUCUUCUUAUUCCACAAAUUGCUUCUGCAGUCAGUGGUCUAUUUUUAUGGUUUUUUUAAACUUGCCUCUGCUUUGAAAAAUAAAAUGGAUAUUGAAUCUGCCUUUUGCACAAAUUACCCAAUAAAGAAUGCAUUGGAAUCAAUAGUUUUAUGAUGUUGACCUUGUAUUCUAAUGUAUUUUUCAAAAUUGGCCAAAUGUGAGAGUUGCAAGUUAAUGCAAGUUCAUCUGAAUGUGAAUCGUUUUUUUUUUUCAAUAACACAUGGAUGAUGAAUUUCUUGGAUGAACGUUCUAUUCUGGAAUGUAAUGCUUUUCAUGCCGUUUUAAAGCAGUUUUCAAUAUAUACUGUCGUAAGUACUUCCUCAAAUUUCUAUGCAAUGCUAAAAGUGGAAAUUAUGUCAAUGUGUUGACAUUUAAAAAUGUUUAACUCUCAUCUUUUUUUUUUUCCAAACAGUAAAUCAACACAGAUUAACCGAUUACUUGGAAUAAGUUUUGCAAGUUUUGUUUUUUUUUACUUUGAAAAAAAUUGAGUGUAUAAAGUCUAAAUCAGUUUAUGAAUAGUUCAUUUACAGAUGCAGGAGAGAGUAAAUAGUGGCAUGCUGGCGUGUUCGAUCAUGACCUCCCAGUUGGCAGCUUAUCCAGCUCAAGCUGUUUGUAUGGAAAAGCCAACCAGCCAUCAUAGGGCGGUCCCGAGUUGAACACCCAAGCAGUCAUCAGAGGGGGUACAUUAUCCAACAUUCCCAGACUUUAACUUUUAAUGUAAUUUUAACCAGCAGCCUCCAGGAGAGAGAGAGUGUGCGUGGAUUACAGUAGGAUUGAUGUCCUGAGAUUAUUCAGCAUCUAAAUAAAACCCAGCACUGAGGAACUCAGUUUAUCUGACACUGAGCAGAGACUGGACUGUUACCUGUGAGCACAAUGACUGCGCUGUUUCACACAUUCCUGCUAUUUACAGUCAGUAUGGCUUCCCUGCAGCCACAGAGGUCUUCACGGAGCAAAAGGGGUUUGCUGGAACUAGCUGGCAUGAUCAAGUGCAGCACGGGACGAUCAGCUUUAAGUUACGUAAAGUAUGGAUGUUACUGUGGUCUUGGGGGUAAAGGGUGGCCCCGAGACAGAGCAGACUGGUGUUGCCACAAACAUGACUGCUGUUAUGAGGAUGCAGAAUUUGCAGGCUGUCAGACGAAAACGGACAGGUAUCAGUGGACGUGUGAAGAAGAGGAGGCUGACUGUGACAAGCUUAAUGACAGAUGUGCGAAAAUCCUUUGCCGGUGUGACAGGGAAGCAGCCAGAUGCUUUCGAGAGGCACCAUACAACCAAAAAUAUGCUCUGUGGCCAGAUUUCCUCUGUGGAUAUGUUCAUCCUACCUGCAACAUCUACUAAUGUCAUUUACUAAACAUUUGGUAGACAAAUCUUUUUGAGCUUGUAUUGUAUGUUUGAUGUUUAUUACAGACUUUAUUCUGUUCAAAUGAUUUCCAUUUUCUACAUAUUUUGUAUUUUAUAUUUGCAUAGCUGGCUUUCAAAAGUGAAUGGAUUAAAAUA